AUGAGCGGCGGCGAAGUGGUCUACUCGGGAUGGCUCCGCAAAUCUCCCCCGGAGAAAAAGUUGAAGCGUUAUGCAUGGAAGAGGAGAUGGUUUGUGUUACGCAGUGGCCGUUUAACUGGAGAUCCAGAUGUAUUGGAAUAUUACAAAAAUGAUCAUGCCAAGAAGCCUAUUCGUAUUAUUGAUUUAAAUUUAUGUCAGCAAGUCGAUGCUGGAUUGACAUUUAACAAAAAAGAGUUUGAAAACAGCUACAUUUUUGAUAUCAACACUAUUGACCGGAUUUUCUACCUAGUAGCAGACAGUGAGGAGGAGAUGAAUAAGUGGGUUCGUUGUAUUUGUGACAUCUGUGGGUUCAAUCCUACAGAAGAAGAUGCUGUGAAGCCACCUGGCCCCUCCUUGCAAGCACCAGUUGAUUUACCUUUAGCUAUAAAUGCAGCACCAUCAUCUGCACAGGUGGAUCCAUCUUCUGCUACUCUACCUCCUCCAUACCAGCUAAUUAACCUUCCACCACACCUGGAAACUCUUAGCAUCCAGGAGGAUCCUCAAGACUACCUCUUGCUAAUCAACUGUCAAAGCAAGAAGCCUGAACCUAUGAGAACGCAUGCUGACUCUGCAAAAUCCACCUCUUCGGAAACAGACUGCAAUGAUAAUGUCCCUUCUCAUAAAAACUCCACGUCUUCCCAGAGCAAACAUGGAGUGAAUGGCUUUUUUCAGCAGCAGAUGACGUAUGACUCUCCACCAUCACGUGCUACAUCUGUUCCUAUAGACUCCAGCCUUUAUAACUUGCCCAGGAGUUAUUCCCACGAUGUUUUACCUAAGGUGUCUCCUUCUAGUACUGAAGCAGACGGAGAACUCUAUGUUUUUAAUACUCCAUCUGGGACGUCAAAUAUAGAGACUCAGAUGAGGCAUAUAUCUGCUAGUUACGACAUUCCCCCAACACCUGGUAACACUUACCAGAUUCCACGAACAUUUCCAGAAGGAACCUUGGGACAGACGUCCAAGCUCGAGACUAUUCCAGAUAUUCCUCCACCUCGGCCACCAAAACCACAUCCAGUUCAUGACCGAUCUCCUGUGGAAACGUGCAGCAUCACGCGCACAGCCUCAGAUACUGACAGUAGUUACUGUACCCCUACUGCAGGGAUGCCAACAUUGCGUAGCAAUACCAUUUCCACUGUGGAUUUGAACAAAUUGAGAAAAGAUGCUAGCUCUCAAGACUGCUAUGAUAUUCCACGAACAUUUCCAAGUGAUAGAUCUAGUUCGCUUGAAGGCUUCCACAACCACUUUAAAAUCAAAAAUGUGUUGACAGUGGGAAGUGUAUCAAGUGAAGAACUGGAUGAAAAUUACGUUCCUAUGAAUCCCAACUCCCCACCACGGCAACAUUCCAGCAGUUUUACAGAAUCAAUUCAGGAAGCAAAUUAUGUGCCAAUGACACCAGGAACAUUUGAUUUUUCUUCAUUUGGAAUGCAAGUGCCUCCUCCUGCUCAUCUGGGCUUCAGGUCCAGCCCAAAGACCCCUCCCAGACGGCCAGUGCCUGUUGCAGACUGUGAACCGCCCCCUGUGGAUAGGAACCUCAAGCCAGACAGAAAAGGUCAAAGUCCUAAAAUUUUAAGACCCAAACCCCAUGGUUUAGAGCGAACUGAUUCACAAACCAUAGGUGACUUUGCUACAAGAAGAAAGGCCAAACCAGCACCUUUAGAAAUAAAACCCUUGUCUGAAUGGGAAGAAUUACAAGCUCCAGUUAGAUCUCCCAUCACUAGGAGUUUUGCUCGAGAUUCCUCUAGGUUUCCCAUGUCCCCCCGGCCGGAUUCCGUACAUAGCACAACUUCAAGCAGUGACUCACAUGACAGUGAUGAAAAUUACGUUCCCAUGAACCCAAACCUGUCCAGUGAAGACCCAAAUCUUUUUGGCAGUAAUAGCCUUGAUGGAGGAAGCAGUCCUAUGAUAAAACCCAAAGGGGACAAACAAGUGGAAUACCUAGAUUUAGAUUUAGAUUCUGGGAAAUCUACACCGCCACGAAAGCAAAAGAGCAGUGGCUCAGGCAGCAGUGUAGCAGAUGAGAGGGUGGAUUAUGUUGUGGUUGACCAACAGAAGACCCUGGCGCUAAAGAGCACCCGAGAAGCCUGGACUGAUGGGAGACAGUCCACAGAAUCUGAAACACCCACCAAGAGUGUGAAGUGA